CAGUCAGUCAGUCAGUUAGGGCGAUUGCCUCAUGAUGUGAGAAUCCAAAUUUCGCUGCUCCAUCUGAUUCUCGAUUUCUGGUCUCAGAAUCUGCCAUGUCCGUGAGAUUGUGUCUGGUGUGAAACAGUGAUUGAACCUGGCUGACCCGUGUGGCCGUAUUGUCUGUGUCCUCUCCGAUGCGAUCAUCGAUUCACGGGCUGUGAGUGCCCCCCGUGGCCGUGAUGGCGCACGAUGCCUGCUUCGAUUUGGUGGAACAGGGGGAUUGGCGGGCGGGCCAGCGGGACCGAUCACCACUCCGGGAGCGAUCACCGCCCUUGGAGGUGUGGCAUCGGAGUCAGAAGUCGUUCUCGACCUCGAAUCUGUUCCAGCCCCCCAUUCCGACGGCUCCGGGCACUCAUGUGGGCGGUACGCCCUCGUGCCAAGCUCUCAAACACGCCGUGUCCACUCUGUAUCGGAUUGAUGACUUUUAUCGGCACAAGAUCGGCGCCGGAUUCUUCUCGGAAGUGUUUAAGGUGGUUCACAAAUCCACGGGGAAAAUCAUGGUCUUGAAAAUGAAUAAGCAUCGCGCCAAUCGCAACAACAUGCUGAAGGAAGUGCAAUUGAUGAACAAGCUCAACCAUGCCAACAUUCUAAGGUUCGAAGCCGCUUGCGUCCAUGAAGGCCAACUCCAUGCUUUGACCGAGUUCAUCAAUGGCGGAAGCUUGGAGCAGUUGAUACAAAUGCGCGAGGAAGAUCUCACGUGGUCGGUUCGAAUCGGUCUGGCUCUGGAUAUCGCCAAAGGACUCACUUAUCUUCAUUCGAAGGGGAUCUUUCAUCGCGAUCUGACCUCCAAGAACGUGUUGAUUAAGCGAACGAGUUCGGGAGAAGGCUUGUCGUCCUCUUCGGAUCAGUUGAUCGCCAUCGUGGGAGAUUUUGGCUUGGCCGCCAAGAUACCCAAGUCCACGGAUUACCGAUUACCUCAAGUGGGAAGUCCGUACUGGAUGUCACCCGAAUGUUUACGUGGAAAAUUCUACGACGAGAAAACUGACAUCUUCUCCUAUGGAAUCAUCAAUUGUGAACUCAUUGGACGCUUGGAUGCGGAUCCGGAUGUUCUGCCUCGCACCGAGAAUUUCGGCGUCGACUAUAUCGCUUUCAGUGCCAUGUGCCCAAAUUGUCCCCCAGAAUAUCUCAAACUCACUUUCAGCUGUGUGAAGAUUGACCCUCAAAGUCGACCCUCGGCCAAAGACCUAGUCCAAGACAUGACCUCUCUCGUGGCGUCCCAAAAGACGAAGGAGACCCAAAGCUGUCCCCGAUCCUUCGUGUUCUCGCACCCAGAAGGGAAGGUCACACUCCGAAAGGUCGGUCAUAAGCGAUCCCUCUCGGCGGAGGAAGAGCAAGUGAUCCGACGGAACGGAUCUCCCAGCGAGAAGGCACGCUUUCAUUACCGCACCCACUUCCUGGCUCCACCCACCCCGACGGUCAUGUCCGUGGGGAAAGAAAUGUCGCUGAGGGAUCCUCAUUACCGACCCUCGAUGCUGAACCCGUUCUCCACUCUUCCGCGAUUGCGCGAGGGUCGCAAGAUCCUGGGAUCCUCGCAAAACCUGUUCAGUUCGUGCUUUGAGCUGCCUAGUCCUUCUCGUGCCAACACUCCUUCGGGAGCCGGAUCGGGUGACCUCGUGUCCUCGCCAGACCUGUGGAUCCCCUCGGCAGGUCCCACCUCCCGACCCGUUCACUCGCUACCUUCGUCGCCCUCCGCAUCGUCAGAAAGUGUCCUGGACUUCAAUAAUGCCAUGAUGCCCAAUCAUUUCCGAGCUUAUGCUUCGAAUCCACCCUUGCAUGAGCAAUGCCACUUCAACUCGGAGGAUUCCACGUCUUCGUCUGGAGUGCGAAGUCCGAGAUCCUCGUCGUCCUCGCACCGAGGUCGAAUCCCGCCCUCGGCCUCGGCGAGUCGUUUUGAGGAUCAUCUUUUCGAGGGACGAGUUCAGCUUCUACGACGUUUGUAUUCUGGUGGCAAUUGGAUGACCCAGGACGAUACGGCCAUUGAUGUGAACUCGGCCAGCCAUGUCAGUAAUUACGGUUAUCCGUUGCGUCGCAGAGGCUCGUGCGAAUCGGGAUUCUGUUCCGUGGGAACGGACGAUCUCUUCAUGGACAGUGCCCUCUCGUCCACUCGAUCCUUGGGAAGUUCCCUGCUCACUGUGUCAGAUUUGGAGGAGGAUCUGCGAGCGGCCUCGGCUUAUCUCAAACGAACGUCCUCCGUGUUCACGGAUUCCACCGACGAUUUGGCUUCGCUCACCUUCAACGGCGAACAGGAUUGCAGCUCGGUGAUUCAUCCUGGCUAUGAGAAAGAUAUUCGGGAUAUUGUGGAGUACUUCGAAGCCACCUGUCGAAUCGAUGUUGAUCACCAUUUGCAACUUCGUCGCCAUAACCUCCAUCAUCACCACCAUCUCCAUCAUCGGCGAGGAAACAAGAGCAUCCUGGCUCGAUCCGGAGUGGCCCAAACGGGAUAUCGAGGUGCUUCGGACAUGGUAUGGCGUGGCCAAUUCAAUCCCAAUGGGUGUUCUAACUCGUCUGCGAUAUCCACGGAAGAAGGUCGAGGAGAUGUGCAAUUGCCUCGAUCCCAGAAAAUCGAUAGUCUCAUCAAGCGUGUGGUUGAAAAGGAGUCCCGCGGUCGAUUGCGGCACAAAUUGCCCACCCCUCAGCGACUGCAAGUGUGUGACGGAAUCGUGCGCUCCAAGUUGCCCCUCUUUGACCAUACCAAAGGCCAAGCUCGGGGCGGACUUCCCCAGGAGCAACACGGCAUCGUCAAGUCAAAGCUAGCCAUCUUCGAUAAACCCAAUCAUGCCAGCCAUUCCAACUCAUCCUCUUCCUCAUCGUGUUCCACCAUUGUCACCACCAUGUCCUCCAACGUACUUGGGAUUCCCAACGGCAGUACGAGUUCGAAGAAGGUGGCCGAACGCCGAUUGGCCGCCAUCAUGGGAUCCAAUAGCAACAACAGUAACAAUACCAUUCUUGGUCACAGCGGUAGUGGUCAGACGAGUAAACCAACCGAUUCCUAGUGAUCGAAAAGAAAGGUGUGUUUUUUUUGUAACUCUCCCGCAUGCAACUGUGAUACGUGGAACAUUUUGGAAUGCUCCUCAUCUUUGAGUUGGUAUAUAUGAAGGCGUCGUGACCUUCCUUUUAUAACUUUCGAACGACUUGCCCAUCAAGGUCGUGGACUUGAACAGUUCGCUUUGCUACGAUUCAGACCAGAGUACCUUCUUUGUACGCCCAUCCUUGUCUUGGUUUAAAUUAUGCUUUUCCCCCGUCUCGAAUCGUGCCAAUCGCGGAAAUCGAGACAAUUUCUUGUCAAUAUCAAGGUGUCGGGGAUCGAUCGUGGCGCACCCUUCAGAGUAAUUUAUCUCAUUUGUUUUAUGCCUGAAAAUCCAAAGUUGUGAUGAUGAUGAUAGAACCAAAAUAAUGAUAACAAUAACAGAUCGAUGAAUGACCAAAUGCUAUAUAUACAUAUACAUUAUGCAAGUGACUCUUGGCCUUUUUUCUGGAUGUGAGAAGGCACACGAUUGUCUAUCGCAGAAAGUGAAUGCCAGGCACCUGCCUUAUGAACUCGAUUCUGUUCUAUUCUGAUUCUGCUAGGUUCAAGAGUAUUCAGAGAAAUAAACGCCAAAUUACCAUGCUCGAAA